AUGCUCACCACCGACCCAAACCGGCCGCCAAUCUACUCCCCCACGCUGCGCAAAUGGCUGCACCAAUACCGCGAACCCACAGCUGACCAAGACCACACCCUCCACGCCCUCACCCCGCCCACCACUCUCCUCCCGCGCACCUACCACCCCACCAACACCACCCGCCCGGGGAUCAAGUACCUCGACCGCGACUGGUGGUACCGGUGCCUCGCGCAAGACGCGCCCGAGACGGGCGCGGCCGUGGGCCACAUUGACGGUCUGCUGGCCGAGAGCCAGGUCGUCACGACACACGCCGAGAUCCUGGAUCCCACUAUCGGGGCGCUGCUGGCGUUUGGGGGCGCGCACGAGGAGGGGCGGGCGGGGCGGUAUGUGGCGACUGCGGUGGUGGCGAUGGGGGUGGUGGGGAGCGAGGUGGGGAUGGGGAGUGUUGUGGAGGGGUGGCGCGGGGUGGAGGGGGUCAAGGGGAUGGGGGUGGGAGUGUGUGGCGUGGAGGGGGUGGAGAGGGUGGCGGAGUGUGCGGGGAGGGUGAGGCAGGUUUGUACGGCGGGGAAGGAGGGGGAGUUGAAAUCAAACAUGGCCGUGCGCACGGCAAGCAGCACAAUGCUAUUCCGCCAGCGGCGGCUGGAGGCGCCAUUGCCUGGGCGGGCGACGCGGCUUGCGGCGGUGCCGCUGGCGAGUGUGGCGGGCGGAACGGGGAAGAGGGCGCAUGCACAUGUCGCGUUUAACCCGUGGUACGAGAAGCAGUUUGGCAUCAUUGACGAGGGCGGGAGGUGGCGCGUGUAUGAUCUCGAGGGCGCGCAGGCGAGGGAUUGGCGUGUCAGGUCGGAUGUGAAGGUGGCGGAGACGGGGCGGGGGUUUGUGGGUGGCGCGGAGGGAGGGACGGGGUGGGGGAGAUUGCUGUGGGGCGGGGAUGUGAAUACUGUGCUUGCGUGUGAUCGGAGGAGGGCGGGGCUGUUUGAUAUCAGGAACGUCCCCUCCACCCGCGCAGACAUCGCCCUCCCCGUCUACCAAGGCAUCGCCCAGGGCCACCUCCUCGACCUCCACCGCGGCCCCGAAACCGCCUCCACCCAAACCCACGACGUCUUCCUCCUCACCUCCGCCACCCUCUCCUGGCUCGACCUGCGCCACUCCGCAAAGCCCAUCAUGACCCUCCCGCACUACCGCCACCAGAACGACAUCUCCCUCGCCAUGAGCCUCCUCACCAUCAACCGCACCACCACCACCGCCCUGCUCUACUCGCGCCUCAACAGCCUCAUCACCUCCUUCCGCUUCGACCCCAACACCGCCGAGGACUUCCCCACCACCCUCGGCCGCCCCACCACCGUGCCCGCCCUCGCCCCCCGCGACGCAUCGGUCCCCGUACAGCUCGGCCUCGCGGUGCGCCAAUGCCCACUUAAGCAGCGCGGCGCCACAGACGAGGCGGGCGAGGCCCUCCUCGCCGACGAGCACCUCCGCUUCUUCACCGCCUUCAGCACAGGCCCCGAACUAGAGCUCAUCCAGCGCGUCUACAGCAACAAGGUCAAGAGCGCACACACCAUCCCCGCCACCACCGCCGAGCCCGACUCCUCCGACUCCGACAUCGACAUCGACGACCCCCCCCACUCCUCCGCGCCCGCCGAAGAAAACAGAGUCAACUUCCGCGCGCUCUACAAACACGCCUUCCCACGCACGGACCCAACACUGCGCACCGCCUCAGAAGACGAUCCAGAGCACUCCAUCGCCGCCACCACAUCGCGCCUCAAGACGGCACUGACGAACCGUCUUACGCGCGGCGACCUCGGGAUCAUCACGCUGCUCAACCUGCACCGCCCCGCUAUGCUCUAUGACGAUCUGGCUGCACUCCAAACAUCCAUACACACCCUCCUCACAGCGGACCCCGACCUCGCGCCUCAGGUUGAGAGGGGACGGCAUGGGGGGCGGCAGCCGGCGGGGAGGAAGAAGAGGAGGACGGGGUUUUAG